UACCGCACAGCAACUUCGUAUGGUACAGCGAAAGAUCUAAUAGGUAUGCCUUAUUUGUCGCUACCACAAUAGCUGCAGUAGAGAAAUGUACCCAAGCAAGCAAUAGUUACAACCAUUCGUAAGUCGUGGUUGCCAGCAUAAACCUCUGUUCACGAAGUUGCCCCACCCACAAGAUUAGCAGUGCCGACGAAAGUCCUGAAUUAUCUCAAGAACGAUUGAGAUUUCAGAGAUGGUCGCCCACAUGCUGAUUGGCAGAAGACUACUGCUCCAUGCGGUAGUAAGACCAAGCGACUACAACACUCAUACGUAGCGAUAUACGGGCAUGUAUCAAAUUACUCACGAAGUUACUCCGGAUACCCUACAUAAUUAUCCGGGAGUUUGUGCAAUGAGCGGCAAAUGACUGGUCAGAUUCGCAAGCUAGACGAGGCCGUUAUCAACAGAAUUGCUGCAGGAGAGGUGGUGCAACGGCCUGUAAAUGCAGUGAAAGAACUAAUUGAGAAUAGUUUGGAUGCCAAGGCAACUGCCAUUCAAGUUACAUUGAAGUCUGGUGGCUUGAAGUUGGUACAAAUACAGGACAAUGGUUGUGGCAUCCAGAAGGAGGAUCUGCCGAUUGUCUGUGAAAGAUUCACAACGAGCAAAUUAGAGAAGUUUGAGGAUCUAAACAGGAUAGCUACUUACGGGUUUAGAGGCGAGGCUUUGGCUAGCAUUAGUCAUGUAGCUCAUGUGACUAUAACAACUCGAACUGUCGGUUCACCGUGUGCUUUUAGAGCUCAUUAUAGUGAUGGGAAGUUGGUGGCACCUAAGCCUGGAGUGAGUUGUGAUCCUAAGCCAUGUGCUGGGAAUCAAGGAACACAAAUAAUGUUUGAGGAUUUAUUCUACAAUAUGCCGACACGUCGCAAUACAAUGCGAAGUGGCACUGAGGAACAUGCAAAAAUAGCUGAUGUUAUCACUAAAUAUGCAUUACACAAUUCAGGAGUGGCUUUUACAUUGAAGAAGCAAACAGAGACAGUGGCUGAUGUUCGAACCACUGCUCAUGCUACUGUUGUGGACAAUAUCAAGACGCUUUAUGGAGCAAAUAUUGCAAGAGAAUUACUACAUGUGGAUGUGGAAGACUCCAAGUUGGGUUUUCGACUUCACGCUGAAGUUACUAAUGCAAAUUUCUCAACAAAGAAAUCCAUCUUUGUGCUCUUUAUCAAUCGUAUUCUUUCAAAAUCGUGCAUUGGUGUGUGGGUCAUUACGUUGUGUUUUCCUGCAGAUCGUUUAGUGGAGUCUACUGCUUUACGGCGGGCUGUGGAUACCAUCUAUGCUGCUUAUUUGCCAAGAAACUCACAUCCUUUUGUGUACAUGAGUGUGGAGAUAGCACCUGCUAACAUUGAUGUCAAUGUCCACCCAACGAAACGUGAGGUUCAUUUUCUUCAUGAGGACAGCAUUAUUGAAAGCAUUCAGCAUAAUGUGGAACAACAGCUUCUAGGAUGCAACACGUCAAGGACGUACAGUCAGCAGGUGUUAUUACUCGGAGCUUCCCAGUCAUUGUCAUUAGACACUGAUUCAGAUAAGCGACCAGAGAAGACAUAUGCUAAACACAUGGUUCGAACAGAUGCUCGUGAGCAGACUCUUGAUGCUUUUUUGUCACCCAGUCAACAAACCAGUGAAAGUAGAGCAGAAGAGUGUGAAAUGGAGACUGUGGAUGCCCAACAUGAGACAGAAGCUGAUGCUGUAAUGGAUGCCAGUGGCACUGACUUAAUCUCAACUGAGGAUAGUGGUCAGAAACAAGCUUCUGGAUCAACGAAGUCAAAAGACAGCAGCUUAUCAAGUCAAAAGCAACCUCUCAUUGAUGGAGACCCUGACAAGUUGAAGCUGUCUGGCUUAAAUCAACCGCAUCGUCGGAUCAUUCGACUGACAAGUGUCUUGACAUUGCGACAACGUGUCAUUGAUGCUGAGCAUACUGGUAUUCGCGAAAUGUUCCAGAAUUAUAAGUUUGUUGGAUGUUGUACAGAAUCGCUUGCUCUUAUUCAGUAUCGAACUAAACUCUUUAUUGUCAACUUUGCAAGGAUAAGUAAGGAACUGUUUUAUCAAUUGAUGUUGUUUGACUUUGGAAACUUUGGAGUAUUGAAACUUUCGGAUCCACCAUAUGUAAAGGAUCUUGUUACGCUUGGUCUGGACCAACCGGACAGUGGUUGGAAUUCAGAAGAUGGGUGUAAAGAAAAGACAGUUGAACAAGCUGUUGCGAUAAUCAGACUGAGGGAAGAAAUGUUGGCAGACUACUUCUCAAUAGAAAUAUCACCAGAUGGACGUUUAGUGUCUCUACCUUGGCUGUUGGAAAAAUUUGUUCCAGAUAUGGCCAAUCUUCCUAGUUUCAUACUACGACUAGCAUUUGAGGUUGAAUGGGACUAUGAACUGACUUGCUUUGAGACUUUGUCGCGUCAGUGCAGUGAGUUGCACAUGUACAGUCCCAGUACAGAACAACUUCGAGUGCAGAAAGACACUGACCAAAAUGAUGAAGAUGAUGCUACUGUGGAUGACAGUGAUAACAUGAUGGCUAUGUCGUUUGACAAGCCUCGAGGGUGGAAAUGGACUGUCGAACAUGUUCUCUUUCCUGCAUUUCGAACGGUGUUGAUACCUCCCAAAAAGUUUGCCGAGGAUAGCACUAUCGUUGAAGUAGCAAACCUACCUGACUUAUACAAAGUGUUUGAAAGAUGUUAAUAUCUAUAAAGUGGAUUUGGAGAUAACAAAACAAACAGGACUGAAAUAUAAGUGAAGACACUACCGGGAUGUGCAAGUAGUGAUACAAUGCAUGUAUGUGUGCUAAUAGAUCUCGAUGAUAUGUUUACACAAUUCUUUUCACUCAUUGAUCAAAGUACUGCAAUAGCUAAUGCAGAAAUUAUAUGUACUAUCACUUUG